AUGGCUGUGAGCGGCAGUCCGUUUGUCGCUAAGCUGAAAAGCAAGGAGCAUGUGACCAACUAUGCUGGGCAAAGUUCCUUUGUUCACCGGAAAUUCUACUCCAGGAAGUGGGACUUCAUCAUAUUUAAAGUGGAUGAGUUUGAAGACAUGGUUACUAAGAAGCAGCGCCUCCAAGACGGCUGUGGGGUCAAACACCUUCAUCGCAGAGGUGAGAGCAACGAGGAGCUGCGUCUAUACCAUCAUCUCCUUGACAACUAUGACAGUGCACGCAGGCCCGUGCAGAGGCCUGAGGAGACAGUCAUCAUCUCCCUCAAGGUGACCCUGACCAACCUUAUCUCACUGAAUGAGAAAGAGGAGACCUUGACCACCAGCGUCUGGAUUGGAAUCGACUGGCAUGAUUACCGAUUCAACUUCAGCAAGGAUGAUUUUGGGGGCUUAGAUAUCCUGCGGGUUCCUGCAGAACUCGUAUGGCUGCCAGAGAUUGUGCUGGAAAAUAAUAUCGACGGCCAGUUCGGCGUGGCCUACGACGCCAAUGUCCUGAUCUACGAGGGUGGCUCCGUGAGCUGGCUGCCCCCGGCCAUCUAUCGCAGUACCUGCGCUGUGGAAGUCACCUACUUUCCCUUUGACUGGCAGAAUUGCUCCCUCAUUUUCCGUUCUCAGACAUAUAGUGCUGAAGAGGUGGAGUUCAUCUUCGCCGUGGAUGAAGAAGGCAAGACUGUCAGCCAGCUCUAUAUAGAUACGGAGGCCUACACGGAAAACGGCGAAUGGGCCAUCGAUUACUGUCCGGGGGUGAUCCGCCGCCAAGAGGGCGGCUCCGCUGACGACGCGGGAGGCACCGAAGUCAUCUACACGCUCAUCAUCCGCCGGAAGCCGCUCUUCUACGUCAUUAAUAUCAUAGUGCCCUGCGUGCUCAUCUCCGGCCUCGUGCUGCUCGCCUACUUCCUGCCCGCGCAAGCCGGCGGCCAGAAGUGCACGGUCUCCAUCAACGUCCUGCUUGCCCAGACCGUCUUCUUGUUCCUGAUCGCCCAGAAAAUCCCGGAGACGUCUCUGAGCGUGCCGCUGCUGGGCAGGUUCCUCGUCUUCGUCAUGGUGGUCGCCACGCUCAUCGUCAUGAACUGCGUCGUCGUGCUCAACGUGUCCCUGCGGACGCCCGCCACCCACGCCGCGUGCCCGCGCCUGCGCCACGUCCUGCUGCAGCUCCUGCCCCGCGCCCUGGGCCCGGCCGCCGCCGCCGACCCCCGCCGCGCCCCGCGCGCUCGGCGGGCGUCGUCCGUGGGCGUCCUGCGCCGCGCCGAGGAGCUGAUCCUGCAGAAGCCGCGCAGCGAGCUCGUGUUCGAGGCCCAGCGGCACCGGCACGGGCCGUGGACCGCCGCGCUCUGCCAGAACCUGGGUGCCGUCGCCCCCGCGGUCCGCAGCUGCGUGGACGCCGUCAACUUCGUCGCCGAGAGCACGCGGGACCAGGAGGCCGCCGACGAGGAGGUGUCCGACUGGGUGCGCAUGGGCAAGGCCCUGGACAACGUCUGCUUCUGGGCGGCUCUGGUGCUCUUCGGUGUCGGGUCCAGCUUCAUCUUCCUGGGGGGCUACUUCAACCAAGUGCCGGACCUGCCCUACCCUCCCUGUGUGUAAACGCGGCACCGACUUCCAAGCUCGCCCCCUCCUAUGUCCCGGAGGAAACCUUGUGGGUUUCAGCUUGUGGUGCCUGGGAUCGAACCCGGUGCCUCGCACGUGUGAGGCAGCAGCCUUGCCCCGGACUCACAGCCAUGUGGUUUGAAGAACAAGCGGUUGCCACUGCUGCACUGAUGAUCCUUUCCCACAGCCAAUAGUAAAUCUGAUCUUUUUUUGGGACCAUACUGGCAGUGUGCCCUGUGUGCUCCCAAGUGAGUCGUGU